AUGGCGACGCGAUCCACGCGCAACCCAGCCCCCACGCGCGCCUCGACGCGCACAACGCGCGCCACAGCCGCGUCCAGAUCUGCUGAUCCGUCCCCGACACAGACGCCUACACCUGCGCCGGCUGCGACGCGUGCCACGCGGGCUACCGGUACCACUCGAUCUACUGCUACUACCAAGGCGCCUGCUGCUACUACUACCAAGGCACCUGCGGCGACUGCUAAGACUGCCGCUAAAGCGCCGGCGAAGAAAGCCGCUGCGAAGAAGGCUGCGGCCGUUGCGCCCGUUGCUUUUGCGGAUGCGGGCGAUCGGGAGCCUAUCAAGGCCUAUCUGCGCAUCCGCCCCCACCUCGGCGACGCACCGUCAACGGCCACGCCCUACCUGCACACCCUCUCCCCCACCUCCGUCCUCAUGACCGACCCCACCGCGCCCCAGACCGAAUCGACAUACACAUUCACGCACGUCUUCCCUCCGUCCACCCCGCAAGCGUCGUUCUUCACGCGCACCACGCUCCCGCUGGUCCAAGGCCUGCUCCAAGGCGAGAACGGGCUGUUAUUUGCGUACGGCGUGACGAAUUCGGGCAAGACGUAUAGCGUGCAGGGCGGGAGCGCGCGCGGGAGCGAGGGGAUCUUGCCGCGGACGCUGGAUGUGGUGUUUGGGAGUGUCGAGGGGCUGCAGGGCGAGGAUAAGUACGUCCCGGUGAGACUGCAAGCAGUCGAACCCGCCCCGCCCACCACAUCCCGCAUAUUCUCCCGCGGGCCCUCUUUGGCCCCACCAUCAAUCGCCUCCCUCCUCUCGCCCUUCCCCUCCCUCUCGCCCAACGCAUCUUCGUCCCAGUCCACCCAACAAGAUGAUGACGAGGAUAUCUCGAGCGACACGACGAUCUUGCCAGUAGACAAGAACCACUCUUACAGCGUGUAUAUGAGCUACGCGGAAGUGUACAACGAGAAGAUCUACGACCUGCUCGACGACGCCGGCGCGAGCCCGUCCCAGGCCUCCACCGGCGGCGGCGGCGGUGCGGGGAUGGACCAGCGCCUGCUGCUCAUGCGCAAGGCGCUCGCGCUCAAACCGAGCCCGGCGAGCGACGGCGAGGGGAGCGGGAAGUAUGUUGCUGGGCUGCGCCAGGUCAGAGUGCGCAGCGCAUCCGAAGCCAAAGAGCUCCUCCGCCUCGGGCAGCUCCACCGGCGCGUCUUCGGCACGCUCGCGAACGCCCAGUCGUCGCGCAGCCACGGGAUCGUGACGAUCAGGCUGCUCCGGCGGCAUCGCGGGGAGCCCGACGUGCGUCUUCUCCCACUCUUCCCAUACACCCCUCCCCAUCCCUCCUUGUCCCUCGCACUCCCUCUCUUCUCUCCCCACCGCAUCCCAUCCCAUCCCAUCCCGUCCCUCUCGCCGAAGAGCUCAAAGCUGACGCGAGAUUAUGAUGCGCAGGAACCGUCCUCGUACCUAACCUCCCGCCUAACCCUAAUCGACCUCGCGGGCUCCGAGCGCACCAAGCACACCCUCGCCACCGGCGACCGCCUGCGCGAGGCGGGGAGCAUCAACAAAAGUCUCAUGGUGCUCGGCCAGUGCAUGGAGGUGCUCCGCGCGAACCAGCGGCGGCUCGGGGCGGCGCUCGGGGCGAGCGUCGCACAUGGCGAGGCUGGUGAUACACGAGAUGUUAGGAGGAACAUGGCCGUGGUUCCGUUUCGGCACUCGAAGCUGACGGAGCUGCUCGCGGAUUAUUUUAUGGCGGAUGGGGGUGGGCGGGCGGUAAUGAUCGUGAACGUAAACCCGUACGACACGGGCUACGACGAGAACGCGCACGUCAUGCGCUUCUCGGCGCUCGCAAGGGAGGUCGCGACGCCGGGCGUCGCGCAGCUGCCGUUCCCCAGACUGGGGCGCGAAAGCCCGACCAAACAAUCGCUCGGCAUAUCCGGCAUCCCGCGCCCGCAGACGGCGGUGCAGCAGACGAGGCGGAGCGUCGUUCUACCGCCUUCGAAGCCCAAAGGCCGCGCGACGGAGGUUACUGUUGUCGAAGAAGACGCAGAAGAGGACGAGCACGCUGCAGACGAAGAACCGCUCGAUCCGCUCGUCGAGGCGCUGUUCGAUGAGAUCGAGCGGAUGCGCCUUCAACUCAUCGAAGCGCACGACCGCGCCGCGCUCAUCGAAGCCUCGACGCGCGCCGAAGUGAUGAGAGAGACGCAGGGGCUGAUCGCCGAUAUGGAGGCGAGCUUUGCGAGGAGGCUGAGGCGCGAAGUUGAGCAGCACGAGCAAAAGACAGACGCGAAGAUCGACCUGCUCGUGCGCGGCUCGCCCGUCAAACGCAGCGCCGUGCGCGUUCCGUCGUCUGAUACUGAAGAGGAAGACUCCGAAGAUGGGGAUGAGGAGCAGGAGGAGAUCGAUAUCGACGCCAGCCUCGACCUCAACUCCGACGACGACGACGAAGAAUACGAAGAAGAAGACGAAGGGAGCCGCGAAACCUCCCCCUCACCCCUCGCAUCCCGCUCCCGCGCCGGCCCGCGCCCCUCGCAGAUCCGCGUCCCGGACAAACAAGGCGUGCGGCACCACGCGCUGCCCGACGACGAGUCGGCCGCGGCGUCGGACGACGAGACGGAGACGGCUACUGAGGAUUCUGCUUCGCGGAGGGAUUCUGAUACUGAGGAGGAGGAGGAGGAUGAGGGGGUGGACGAUGAUUACGCUGAAGAAGACGAUGGAGAGUAUGGAGAGGAAGGAGAGGAGGACGAGGAGGAGGACGAGAGAAUGCAAGACAAAACCCCCCGCAAACCGCGCACCUCCCCCGCGCUCAACCGCUACAAGCCCUCCUCAGCCCGCGGCCAGCCGCACCUCUCCCAGCCCCCCACACCCGACUUUGCGCUCCGCCUCGGCUCCGGCUCCGGCACGCUCGCUCUCAACGACGGCGCCAAGUCCAAUGCGAAGGCGAAAGGGGAAGGGAAGGCGAAAGGGAAGGCGAAGGCGCUGGGAAGGAUGGGGAGCGAGGACAGCGAGUUGCGGGAGGCUGUUGCCGCUAGUAAAAACAAGAGCAAGAGCAAGAGUGGGAGUGGGAGUGGGGCGAAGGGAGGGGGGAAGGGGAAGGGCAAGAUGAGCGCGUUGGCGGACGAGCUGGACGGGCUGUCUAUUGCGGACGCUUCUUCGCGUCAGAAUGAGGGGAUUGAGGCCGAGGAGUGGGAUGGGGAGGAGGACUCGAUGAUUGUGCCGGUUAAGCCGAAGGGGGGUGCGAAGAAGAAGAAGUUGCUCGGCUCGAAAGCGGUCGUCACGGAGGAAGAUAUCGCGAGGGAUGCGAUGGAGGUUGAUGCGCCUGCGGGGAGGGUGAAGAGGCUUACGAGGGCGAGCGCGCCGAGGAGGUCGUAA